UCCAGUUGUUUACCUCAACCUACCUAUCAAACUUUGAUCCUCCAGAUAUGUUUGGACUUUGCACUUAGCCUUGAUCGGCUCGCCAGGACUUUCUCUCGAUCUUCGGUCCUCUAGACCUCUCGAUCUCUGCUAAGUGUCGAGUCCUAUCGACCCACUUGAUCUUUCCACCUGGGUUCCACGAUCUGCUAAGACUUCUUCUUCCUAUCCUCCAAUUAGGUCUUUCCAGGUUGAGUAAACAGUCUGCACAUUUAGUCAACUUAUUAGAUCACAACAAGAUUUAACUUGAACCUUUGACAACAUCAAAACUUAGUUUUGAUUAUGGUGUAACAAUCUGCACCAACACUAGGGUUACCUCCCUUUAGGAUUUCCACUGCCCGACUUCACUCACCAAGACUUCCACCAUCUAAGGUUACUUCCUUUAGGAUUUCCAUUGUCUAGCAUCACUCACCAAGAUUUUCACCACCUAGGGUUACCUCCUCCUAGGAUCUCCACUGCCUAGUUUCACUCACUAGGACUUACCCUUGCCUAACUAAGUUAGGACUUUUUCUUGCUAGUCAUCUAGUCCUGACUAGACUUUUCUCUUCCAAACAUCAAGUCUUGUUUAGAUUAACCAUAGUCAAAUUGACUAGACUUAGGUACAUUGCCAAAAAUCAAACCCCUGAAGUUGGUUGUACAAAUAGGCAGGAGCAAACAAUUAAAUAUAUAUAGUAUAAUAUAGGCACAUACAUGCAGAUGAACAGUCGCAAGUAGGUGUGGCAAGUCAAUACUGAGGGAGUUGAUUGGCGAAGAUGGUGAAGACUGACACGAGGGAGCUCGAAGGAGGAGGGUUUCAAAAUGUUUAGGUUGUUGAGAGGAGAAGGGGAGAUGAAGGGUCUUCAAGAAAGAAAGGGGAGACGAAGGCAAACAUGAUUAAUUCUGAUAGGACACUGCAAGAAAAAUUAUAAAUAAUGGUGACAUGGUGGUGCUAUAGUGAAUAUAUAUAUAUAUAUAUAUAUAUAUAUAUAUAUAUAUAUAUAUAUAUAUAUUUGUAAUGCAACCUAAGGAUGAUGCUUGAGAACUCAAACAACAAGUUCUGUAAUGAAUUUUUUCUCAUAAAAAAUUAAUUUAAUUUUUUCUAUGAGAUAUUAAACCGAUAAGAAUGGAUACUACACUUGAUCUUAACCAAAAGGUCGAGAAAAUUAUUCUUUCUAACGUCGUCGACACAAAGUAUUUAUAGAAAUUUCUUCGCUCAUAGUAUUGUUGAUCCUAAGAUGUGAGACUAAAGAGAACAAUAAUAAUGUAUAUUUUUUUAUUAAAAAAUAAUGAGAAAAAAUUAUUAAUAAGUCUUAAAAUUAUUUUCGGUAUGAAAAAAUAUUAAUAUAAUUUAUUUUAAAUUUCAUCAAAAUUAGCUAUUAAAGGUAUAGUUUCUUAAUUAAAUAGUAAGGUAGUAAGAUUUCCAAAUAUUUAAUACCGUAUUUUUUUAUAAUAUAUUUAUCGGGUAGUUAACGGAUUAUAUUAUCAGAAUGCUCAAACAAUAGAAAUAAGACUAUUAUGGAUAGUAAAUAAUUUUUUACUAUAAUUGUUAGUUAAUUAACGUGGUAAUGAAGGUAAAAAGUAAAUAAAUAAGUCAAUAAAUAAAAUAUAAUUAAUAACCAAUCCUUCCCGUGAUAUUUAUUGCUUAAUUACUCUUCUCAUAGCUACCUGACGGCGAUAAAACCGUGAGAAGGUGGCUGAGACAGCCUGAUCCCGACGCCUAUGCUCGCCUGAUGACGGACCAGAAUAACAAGCGCCGGCGUGAACAGGGAGGCAGGCUGGAGGACCGCCUCACUUCCCUCCACGACGACCUCCUUAUCUUCAUCCUCUCCUUCCUCUCCAUCAAGCAACGCGUCGCCCUCUCCGCUGUCUGCGCCCGCUUCCGCCUCCUCCAACCCUCCAUCCCCCGACUCGACGCCUUCCGCCUCGAAGUCCGGUUUCCCUCCGACGGCGUCGACGUCCACAAAGAUCUCACCAUCCCCCGUGCUCUGAUUCGCCAAUUCCACGUCGUCUUCCACUUCGUCGCCGAUUUACUCGUACCCCACGAAAAUCAGCUCGUCGGCGCCCUCGUCGACACGGGCGUGCAAAACCUCACCCUCGAAGCCUCUGGCAAUGGAUUUUUGUAUCUCAGCGACAGCGAAAACUGCUGCAUCUUCAACAUCAAGUCGCUGAGAAGUCUCAUCUUGAACAGAAGCUUCAGGGUUUCGAAAUACUCAGAUCGCCGUCCCCUCUCGCCCUUGGGCUGCGCCUUCCUCACCAUCCUUGAAAUGAAAUUCAGCGUCGUUAGCGAUGAUUUCCUGUGCAACCUCCUCUCCUCCUGCCCUUUCCUCGAGACACUCCAUCUCUUCCGUUGCUAUUUGCUCCAGCAUGGCAUGGACAAGAUAAGCUUCCACUCCGCCUCCAUCAAGCGUUUAAUCCUGUUCCAGAUCCACAUGCUUCCCUCCAUCUUCACCAUCGACGUCCGCGCCCCACAGCUCGAGCUUCUCAUCAUGGACGUCGUCACCACGAUUCGCAUAGAAGCCCCCAAGGUCCGGAACGCGUCGCUCCUUCUCUCCCUAAAGUCGCCGGCAGAUCCUCUAGAUGCAUUGAUGAACCUUUUCGGAGCUUCUUUUCCGAGUCGAACUGCUACGCUCUUGCUGAAUUCUAGGAAAAUCCCAAACAACCUAUUAGCAGCAACAAACGGAAUUGAUUCAGUUAAUUCGGUCUUCAAGCUCGACUUCAAUUUGAAAGAUCAAUCGUCGACUACGAUAUUCACCGAGUUACUAAAAAAGUGCAAUGACUGCAAUACCAAGUUUGAUAUACAUGUAAAUCCUACGCAUAUGGAGAGCAACACUGAAGUAGCAAAGGACGACCAACACUUGCUCCAUGGCUCGACAGGAUUGGAGAAGAUUAACUUACAAAUGAAGAUGUCAAAGAGAAGAUUUGAAGGGCUUCUCUCAAAUCAAAAGAAGAUGGAGAAAUUCAAGGAUACCGGAUUGGAAAUGCUGAGAAGGCGCACCAACAAAGAGCAAUUUAUGGAUAUAUUAGCAUCCCAAGAAUCUCUGUUCAAAGUAUCAUCUGAUAUUGAUAAUUGUUUUGAAAUGAAAAUUUAAUGUUUUUAAUUAAUUUUUAGUUUUUGGAAUAAAUUUAUUUAGGUUUA